GGCUCCAGUGAUUUCUGCCCAACGAAGCUGGAAGGCCGCCAUGUGGUAAGGCCUUGCCAUGGCACUGGGGCCACUUGUGGGAUCCAUCGGCAUCCUGGCAGCAGUGGCGCUUCUGCUGUCACGGGAGACAGGAUAUGAGAGGCCUGACCGCUUCAUCAUAGCGACCUCCGCGGGCACGCCCAACGUGCUAUGGGCGCGCAUGCCAUCCUUCCAAGACAUGACGUUGCCCGUCAAGGAUCAGGCAGUACCCGCUGCUGAGAUCCUCAUAGACGGAGCCGCCAGCAGGUGUACAGGAUGGACCUGCUCUGCAGACUCUGACCGGGGCUUGAAGGAGCCCAGCGGCCUGGCGUUGUUCCAGAAGGGUGGUGGAUCUGCAUGGCUCUAUGUAUCAGAUCCCAAGGUUGGCUUUGUGUACCGCUACGAAGUUUCACGCACCUGGCGUGGUACGCUGCAAGUGGGGCCGCAGCAGCUUGUGGCAAGCAAUCUCAAGGACAAAGCCCAUUGGUUGGCUGUCGACAGCUAUGGUAAUUUGUUCUACACAGACAGCGAGGCUGGCACAAUUUCUAUGAUCAGUGCAGAGGACAUGUACAAGCAUAUGCCUGAGGGCAGGACUGUCCUGAGCGCUGAGAAGACCGAGUUUGUAGCCGGUCCUGCUGGUCUAGCUGCUGACUCUACCAGUUUGUACUGGGCGAACUUGAAGGGCGAUCAGGCUACGGGCACGCUCGUUCAGGCUCAGGCCAACGACAAGAAACAGGCGACCAUCCUCGCCGGUAAUCGCGACAUGUACCAGGCUAUUGUGAAAGAUAUUUGCCUUGCUGGCGAAAAUGUGUUCUUUACUGGCGAUGGCAAGUCCCUGUUCGCAGUGAAGGCUGACGGAUCGAGCAAUGUCACAGAGAUUGCUCACCUACAGCAGCCUGCUGGCUGCGUCUAUGACCAGGAGACAACACUCUUCGUUGCAGAUAGGGAAGACAACGCCAUCUAUUCGCUUCCCGCCAACAUGGGGACACUGCACAAAGUGAAGAGAGUGCGGAAGGUUGCCUCUUUGGACAGCCCGCACCAGAUUGCUAUCUUCUUUGGCCCAUCUUCCAACAAGUUUCUCCAGCACCUUUCUGAGUAGAAUCCGAGGGACUGACCACGAGUAGGUGCUCAUCGUGCCGAUGUGCU